AUGGAGAUUUCCAGCAAGAUGCCACCACAAACCUCGCUGUUCCAGGUUUACCUACGACUGCGUCCACGGAUUCAACCACAGCAGGAGAAACAGAAAGUCGAACCGUGGCUCAUCGUCGAGCCCGCCGCGUCCUCGGCCUCUCAGAACGAAGACUCAAACGUUUCUUUCCCGACUCACAUCACGCUACAACCACCGAAUGAUUCGAGAAAGCGUGCGAUAGAGAGAUUUGGCUUCACCAAGAUCUUCCAAGAGGAAGCUACUCAACUUGACGUGUUUGAGGAGACUGGAACUGCGGAUACAAUUAAGAACGUGUUACAGACGGGAAGAGAUGGCCUCGUGGCCACACUCGGCGUCACAGGGAGCGGCAAGAGUCAUACUGUCUUGGGAUCCAAGACUCAGCGAGGACUCGUGCAGAUGACUCUCGACGUAUUGUUCAGAUCAAUAGGGGAAAUGAUCCGGAGACCACAUCAUCCUGACCUACCCACAGACACUGGACUUCUCUCGUCCCUUCAGGCUGCUGAUCCCUCGGAGGCUCAGAUUUUGUCAGCCACCACUUUCUUGGAAUCAGUGUAUGGCGAUGGCGACAGAGCCCGACUAUCACGAGCUCAGACUCCCAUGAUGGAUCUUGUCCCGAGUCAUUUCACAAGUGCCACGUCCACGAUACGGAUGUUGCCGAAUAUCCCCGAGACAUUUCCCUCGCUCGAGAAGGGACCGUGGCGUCCCCCUUCAAAAGUCCCAAUCCUAACUCGCUUGAAAAAUUUCACCAAGUCACCUGCUAAAAGCAAAGUUGUUCAGGAUUCUGUCUCCCACAACGUUCGGCGACCUCCGUUAUUGCCCAGAUCGAGUAUGUUUCCGCAGUAUCCAAAUGUAGCAUCAUACUCGAUGGACAUCGACCAUCCAGCGGAGUAUGUGGUGCUCAUCUCAAUGUACGAAGUUUACAACGACCGUAUUUUCGAUCUUCUCUCAAGCCCGACUGCCUCAAGUGCCCCAGCUAUGGCGACAAGACAGGGAGCCGCGCUGCAAAAGGGUCUUCUUCGACGUCCUUUACUGUUCAAGAAUACCGAGAUGUCUCCUGACCGAAAGGUAGUAGCAGGCCUUCGAAAAGUGGUUUGUGGAAGCUAUGAAGAAGCAAUGAUAGUUCUGGAGACCGGUCUGACGGAGAGAAGAGUUGCCGGGACUGGCAGCAACAGCGUCAGCUCCAGAAGUCAUGGCUUCUUCUGCAUCGAGGUCAAGAAGAAAACGGAAGUGCGAGGCCCAGCUAGCUAUGUGAUGCCUGCUUGGACCGGUGGGACCAUGUCCAUUGUCGAUUUAGCUGGUUCCGAGCGGGCUCGAAACGCCAAAACCACUGGGUCCACGCUGGCAGAAGCAGGAAAGAUCAACGAAAGUCUGAUGUACCUGGGCCAGUGUCUGCAGGUCCAGAGUGAUUGUCAGCAAGAGGGCAGCAAGCCCAUUGUGCCGUUCAGACAGUGCAAGCUCACCGAGCUGCUGUUCUCCAAUUCUUUCCCAUCAUCCCACCACGCCACCACUUAUAGACCACCGCAGAAGGCGGUCAUGAUUGUCACCGCCGACCCGAUGGGAGAUUUCAAUGCGACCAGUCAGAUCUUGAGAUACUCGGCGUUGGCACGAGAGGUGACCGUUCCAAGAGUUCCCAGUGUGACCAGCGCAAUUGUUGGUGCGGGAGCACCGGGAAAAACCCUGCAAAGUGGUCGUUCGACACCUCACGAAAUGCGCAACCAUUAUUUUGGUGCUCAAGAAUUGGAGCAGGCAACCCAUGAAGCGGCAAGAUUGGCUGAAGAGUGCGACGUACUGGCCAUCAAACUCGCCGAAGAAGAAAUCAAGAGAACCGAAGCGGACCUGAAGCUGCAGGCAGCAGAAGAGAAGCUUGUGGUGAUGGAACAGGAGGUCCGAGAAGAGUGUUGGACAGAAAUGGAGGAGAGAAUGGAGGAGGAGAGAGAGAGAUGGAGACGGGCAAGGGAGCAAGAGAAGAUUCGAGGUGAAGAGUACAUGGACGGCAAGCUGGAGAUUCUCGAGAAGACGGCCAAAUUCACCAUCCAUGAAGAUUCGCCCAACGACACGAGAGUUGAAGAAUUGGAGAGGGAAAAUGAAACUCUGCGAGCCAAAUUACGUGCAUUGGAACAGGAAAUGCGAUCGAGAAGUCCGACAAAAAAGUCUCGAGCAGGGCCGAAAUCGCCCGUCAAAGCAUUUGGUUUGCACGAGUCAUCCAAUCUGAACAUGGCCACAAAUCCAUUCCUGGCUUCGUUGAGGGCACGAGACAGUGAUGCAACCAUCAAAGCGAAAGGGAGUGAAGAGGAUUUGCAGGUAUCAGAUGUUUCUCCACGAAAAUUGUCGUUGAGAAGCUCCAACAUGACGAGGGCGGCGACAGGAGAGCAACAGUCAGCUCCGGUCAAGAAGCAGCGGAAGUUGACGACACGGAAGUGGGAUUUGGGUGAUCCAGAUGAUAUUUGA